AUGGAGAGGAUCAGACCUCCAACCAUAGCUUCCCAGAGGAAGAGGCAGAAGGGAAUGUAUUCCCCAAAACUUUCCUGUGAUUAUGAAAUAAAAUUCAAUAAGCUUGUCAUUUUCAUUGUGCAGAGGAAGAUGGGGAUGACCAGAAGGACGUUUUUGAUGGAGCUGGCAAGAAGCAAAGGUUUCAGAGUAGAGAGUGAGCUAAGUGACUCUGUCACUCAUAUUGUGGCUGAGAAUAACUCUUACGCAGAGGUGCUGGAAUGGCUGAAGGGACAGGCUGUGGGUGACAGCUCCAGAUUUGAAAUACUGGAUGUUUCCUGGCUCACAGCCUGCAUGGAAAUGGGAAGACCAGUUGAUUUGGAAAUGAAGUAUCGCCUUGUGGAACAAGCAGAGCAAUAUCCUACUCUGAAAAGACCUGAAUCGGAAGUGUCAUCAUUUACUGCAAGCAAAGUAUCACAGUACUCAUGUCAAAGAAAGACAACCUUAAAUAACUGCAACAAGAAAUUCACAGAUGCCUUUGAAAUAAUGGCUGAAAAUUAUGAAUUCAAAGAAAAUGAAAUAUUCUGCCUGGAAUUUCUGAGAGCAGCUUCUGUGCUGAAAUCUCUUCCGUUUCCAGUAACCAGCAUGAAAGAUAUACAGGGGUUGCCCUGCAUGGGAGACAGAGUCAGAGAUGUUAUUGAGGAGAUUAUUGAAGAAGGAGAGAGUUCUAGAGCUAAAGAUGUACUAAAUGAUGAACGAUAUAAGUCAUUUAAGCAAUUUACUUCAGUCUUUGGAGUGGGAGUGAAGACAUCAGAGAAAUGGUUCAGAAUGGGUUUACGAACUGUGGAAGAGGUAAAAGCUGACAAGACCCUGAAGCUGUCAAAAAUGCAGAGAGCAGGGUUUCUCUACUAUGAGGACCUUGUUAGCUGUGUAUCUAAGGCAGAAGCAGAUGCAGUAAGCUUGAUUGUCAAGAAUACUGUCUGUACGUUUCUACCAGAUGCUUUGGUUACCAUAACUGGUGGUUUCAGAAGGGGCAAGAAGAUUGGGCAUGAUAUUGAUUUUUUGAUCACCAAUCCAGGACAGAGGGAAGAUGAUGAACUUCUGCAUAAAGUUGUUAACUUAUGGAAAAAGCGGGGCUUACUUCUAUACUGUGAUAUAAUUGAAUCAACAUUUGUAAAGGAACAGAUCCCAAGCAAGCAUGUUGAUGCCAUGGACCAUUUUCAGAAGUGUUUUGCAAUUUUAAAAUUAUACCAGCCAAGAGUAGACAACAGCAGUUACAACAUGUCAAAAAAAUGUGACAUGGCAGAAGUCAAAGACUGGAAGGCAAUCCGUGUGGAUCUGGUCAUAACCCCCUUUGAGCAAUAUGCAUAUGCUCUGUUAGGCUGGACUGGCUCCAGGCAAUUUGGACGGGACUUGCGGAGGUAUGCUACUCAUGAAAGGAAGAUGAUGUUGGAUAACCAUGCCUUAUAUGAUAAGAGAAAGAGGGUCUUUCUCAAAGCUGGAAGUGAGGAAGAAAUCUUUGCACAUCUUGGCUUGGAUUAUGUCGAACCAUGGGAAAGGAAUGCUUAAAAUGAUUUGACAAUGUACAUUCAUCAGUUGACAGCAGUGAUUCUUCUGUCUUGCAGUCUGGUAGAUGUAUCUCCGUGACAACUAAAAUUUAAGAAAAAUGUUUUUUAGAAGCCCUUAUACAUGUUGAUGUUCCUAGAAAAGAAAAUUUGAGUUCUUCAGAAUCUUUUCCAGUCUUUUCAGUUUAAAUCUUUGAUGAUUUUGUGUGUGUUUUAGUUUUUUGUUUUUCCUUCCAGGAGAAAACUUCUUACUGAUGAGAUUUUAGCUUGUAAUAGGAAUUUAAAAUUCCUGUAAAUAAUGCAUGAUUGUUAAAAUUCUGUCAGCUAUGGCAGUACUUAAAUAAUACAAAACAUUUCAACUGAAUCCAAAAAUUACUGAAGUAGAUGUUUAAAGUUAGCUGAAUUUUUAAGUAUUUUGCUGCAUCUGUACACAAAAUCUCUAGUAUAUAGACCUAUAUAAAGGUUAUAAAGUUUAAAGACCUGAUUUAAUCUGGCAGUCUCAGCCAAGUGAGCCUCAGCUGUAGUAUUUAUUUAAUUGGGUCAGAACUCUACAAAAAUUGUAAUCAAGUUGAGAAUUCAGAUUUAAAAAAUAUUAUGCUGGACGGGAUUAUGGAAUGAAAGUCAGUUUACUCAGUAGCAAUCUUCAGUUGUGAGGAAAAAUACUAUACAUUUGUAGAACUAAUUUUGACUAAGAAAGAUUCAGGUGAUUGUCCUUUACUGGGAAUUUGAAUCACAACCUACAUAAAAACAACUGUUUAACAGUCAGACUGGUGGCUGCUGUAGGGUGAAAGCUUAGAAUUUUUUUUAUGCUCAAUUUAUGUAGCUGAAAAUUAAUUAUUUCUUAGUAGCUACAUAUGCAUUGGUACGAGAAGUUUACCUGAGAUAUUUGGCAAUUGGAUGUUCUAAAAUAGUGGGUUUUUUUGUUUUUUUUUGUUUUGUUUUAAACCAGAAAUUCAUUUUGGAUGUGAAAGCUCUUUUCUGAUGAAAGUAAUCCUCUGAAAUAUUUUUGUUUUAGAAAGUUCCCAGAGGCUCCUGUGACUGUAAUAACAAUGGAGAAUUUAUAAUACGUUCAUCCUUUCAUCAAAGAGGGCAUUUAGUGCUUUAGAAGCUAGUUACUGAUCAUUUGUUUGUCAUUUGUAGAAUAAAGACAAUUGAGAACACAAUGACUGGUCAAAAAUUUUCUUUCUGAACAGGCUGAACUUUUUUCUUCUGCUAAGGCUGACUUCAUGCUAGGGUCAAAAUGGCAGUGAUGAGGCCAUUCACAACUAUCAUUACUGACAGUAAUGAUGUCUCAUAUUCAAAUGAUGGCAAUAUUCCAUGGCAACAUAGAUGUCAAGGUUCAACACAUGCAUAAAAUAUGCCAAGACUUAAAAAUAUAUUGCUUAACCACAAGAUGAGUGACUUAAAGUGUAAGUGCAAGGUUACUGCUGGUUAAAUAGGCACUUCUAAGAAGCUGCUUUUCCAAAGGAUGCUUUGUUGAUAUGGUAGUCGGUAUAGUACAAGUGUUAACAAAAGUUCCUAUUUACAGUUUUAAAUGCAAACACAUUUCUGGUUUUUAAAAUGGGUGGUAGUUGUAUUUCUGUGAAAUGAAUUCAUUCAUUAUACUGUCUGGAUUCACAACUAAGCACACUUACAUCACUGGUUAUAAAAUUCCAUUUAUUUGAUGUUCAGUUCUUUUAGGAUACAGUUUAUAUAUCCCACUUUCCAUCUCCACUAGUGUACUAAUGAAAUAUACUCUCCUUUAAUUUAAUACAGGUAUUCAUUAGGGUAAAAUGUUGUAAGAUCUGCUCCAGAGGUAAAUUGUAGUAAAUUGAAAACUGUUUCUUAACAAAGGAUCAAUUUUUUUUCUAUGCGAAUCUUGUACUAUUCACUGAACACAACAAUCUGGCUUACAGGUCAGGAGGAGAAUUCCUAAACUUGAGCAAACAAGAAACAAAAGACAAAUGGGAAUGGUACUAUCAGGCUUACUGCCAGAAAUUCAUGAUAUGCUAUGAAUCCAUUCCAUAAUUUGUGAUAAUCCUAAUUUUAUGGUACAAUAAAUUUAAAUUCUGUAAUUUAAAACAAAUAUUAUGUCAUUAGUAGAAAUGUAGUGAAGACUAUUUUUUUUCCCCAGAUAGUUAUAUGACAUCUAGAAAAAGUAUGCUGUUUACAGGUUUCAUUCAACUGAGGAAUGAAUUUUUUAAAAGUCUGCACUGUAAACCUAAAUCAGAGAAGUAGAAAACUGUAGUAACAGCAUGGAAUUUUAUUCUUGCCAGUGCCAAUAAAAUCAUCGUUUUAAAGUGUAGUUUUGCUAGCUGAGCUGAAAAUACAAUGUCACUUUCUAAAUUGCUCUAACUAGAAAGCACUGGCAUCACUUCCUGCAUUAACAUGGUGAUUUAUGAGGCACCUUCUGUGUGUUUUGCAUCAGGAUGCUGACACUUGAGUAGCAAUGAGAUUUUUCAGUCCUAGUGGAAGAGAACAAAAGCUAUAGUACCUUAUCUAAAUAUACGUUUUACUUGACCAGCAUUUAUCAGAAAUUACACAUUCCAGUUGUGCUGUCUCUGCAUACUUCGUGGCACAGAGGAAAUAUGAAACAUUCUGAUUUCCAUGUAAAGAAACAUUUGAAAUUCAUAACUCACAUCCUGUCUCCCUAUGCAUCACUUAUAAUUAUGCCACCUAUAGGAGAGAAGAUACCAAACAUAAAUUCUGUCAGGUGCUUCAAGAUUGGAAGAAAGCAGCAUACCACAUUAUUCUUUUAUUUCCCUCAGUUUCUGUGAGCUUCCUUCAUACUAUAUUUGACAGGGUUAAGAAAAAUGUGGUUGUUACCUGAAAAAAUUAUCAAAAAUGAUGGUGCUCUUUAUUGAGAUACUGGAUUAAACUGAAGGUCAGGUUAGAUCACCAGAUGGUCUGACUAUUAGGUGCUGCUAUGAGCAUCUCCACUGAAGAAGCUGCUACCUCAGUUAUUAUCAUCUCUGAUAGCACUAGCCAAAUUCUUUGAGCAUAUAAUGGUAGAGAAAGAGACACAGUAGAUGUAGCUUGUGAUAAUUAUACAUGAGAAUAAGAAAAUUUUAAGACUCAAUGGGAACAUAGGAUUAUUCAGUUUGGAAAAUAACUUCAAGGUCACCAUGUCCAACCACUAACCUGAUCUGUUUUGUCCUGUCACUGUACCAUGUUCCUGAGUGCCAUGUCUGCACAUCUCUUAAAUACCUCCAGGGACAUAGAUUCCAACACUUCCCCAAGCAGCCUGUUUCAGUGCUCCACCCUAUCUAUGAAGCAGCUCUUGUUAAAUCUUCAAUCUAAACCUCCUUGGAUACUGUUUUUCAGAUCCUAUCAUUUGAGAAAAGAAACCAGUGUAUAUGCAUGUAUAUUUCCUCACUGGAGAAGUAAAAUAGAGUGAUAAGGAAAUGCAAAAAGUAUGAACUUCUGUCUUUUUAGUAAAUGAAUUCUAAGUGAUAACAUGGUGUUUCUUGCAACAGUUAAAUUGAUUUGACCAGUCUCAGGCCUAUUGUGAUUUCAGUGGUUGAUAGCGCUAGUCACCUUAGGCUAUGUUGGAAAAGUUAGAAGUCGUAUUGGAGAACUGAGAAGGAACAGCUUAGAGGAAAUAAAAUCUUAUCAGCUGAAAAGAUCAGAACCAUGAGAGGAAAAUCUCCCUACGGUGUGGUGGAGCUGUUGGAAUCAAUAGUAAAAAUGCUUCUUAAUACAUGUUUACUAUAUAUUACCUAUAAAAUUUAACUUUGUUUUUUGACCUAAUGCAUCCAAACAGUGUUCUCAAAUGCUACUGAUAAUACAGACAAGCAAUAUGAUUUGAAUUUUGAGGACAACUGAAGUACAUAUCCCAGGUGCUGUGGGUUGAUGUUACGUAACCUUGCUGAUCAGCUGAUUUGCAGCUGGCAAUUGACUUUGAGAAGUUGUGUUUUAGGUCAGUGGCUAAGACUUUAGUUUACUUACUAAUAAGUAAACAUGAUCGUUUGAAAAACAAGCUUUUUUUUAAAUUUUUAUUGUUGGGAGCAUUAGAUUGUAGUCUCUUUGUUACUAUGCAGAAAGAAAAAAGAACACUGCUAUGUAUUCUGUUACCUUCUGUGUUCUGUCCUUUUCAAAAUCAGUUCAAAGGGAUUUUUGGAAAUGACUAAGUUUUCCAAUUCCUUUCUCAUUAGUUUUGAAGUUUUAAGGCAAAAGCAGUCUCAUAGCAUUUCUACUAAAUAAAAAAGCCUUUUGAGCAGAAGUAAUUACAUGUAUUUAUAGCUGUAUGUAGACAUUCUAUAUACAAAUUGCUAUAUGUUUUCUGUCAGCUUCAGUGUAUUUUUCUAUUCAGGAAACUAUGCAUUACCACAUAACAGAAAAUAACAAGGAAAGUCUCCACUUCUAUGGGAUAGGAGAUGUCUCUGCCAGGAGAAGAGUAGAUUAUAUUCCAGAAAUUGGUGGUUGCAACAUCUGGAAAAAAGUGGCAAAUAAUAAAAACCUUAUCCCAGCACUUUGUAGAUAAAAUCGUAAUCUUUGUACAUUUCCAGCUAUCAAUAAAGGCUUGAAAUUGCCUUCACAGCAGGGUAGAGAGUCAGAGGAGUUUAUAUAACUUUCAAAAUGGGGCUUGAUAACUUUAAGCAGUUGUCUAACUAGGUAGGAGUGUUUCUGCAGUUAGAAAAUACUGCUGAUUAUACAAGUCUUAAAGGUGAUCAAUUUUGGUGGCUUAAGGAUGGUGUGAAAGACCAUAUGACCCUGUGAACCCCAUGCUUCACUAUAUAAUGGCUAGGAAAUACUAUAUUUUUUUGUAUUUUUCUGAGACACAAAAACAACACUGAGCACUGUAGCUAGGAUUUUCAGACUCUAGAGAUCCUUAAUUUAAACAGAGUCAUAGAAUGGUUUGGGUUGAAAGGGACCUUUAAGAUCAUCUUGUUCUAACCCCUUGCUAUAGGCAGGGACACCUCUCCCUAGAUCAGGUUGCUCAAAGUCCCAUCCAGCCUGGCCUUGAAUGCUUUCAGAGAGGGGGCAAUUAAAUUGAUUUUCUAUGGUUUAAACACAACUAUACUGUAAGAUAUACACUUUAAUGCUUUUUGACCCUUUUCUCUAUAAUUUAAGUGAGUUAACGGUGCUAGAUAUUACUUUUGUGUUGGUGUGUGAGUGAGAAGUGUUUUUUUCUGGAAAUGGUCUAGUUGCAUGGCUGUAACUGCUUGAGGCCUCUUCACAAAUGGUGAAUGAUACUGUUUGAAUCUUUCAUGAUACCAAUACUAAAAAAUAAUCCAUAUACCAGUACUUUAACUGCACAAAAUGUCAGUCUUACAGAGGGAAUACUGACUUUUUUCUCUCAUUCUGUCUUAGACUCAGUUAGAUCCAACUUCAGUUAGAUCCAACUAGCAGGACAUAUAUCUGAAGAACUUCACUUGCAACUACUGAAAUGCUCUCCUUCUAUCCCUUACUGAAAGGGAAUAACAAUGCCUUUAUUUACCUGCCUACUUGCCUACAGGAUCCCGAUGUUUUCUUUUAUUGUAUAAAACCAGAAAGUGUGGAAUAAAACAUCAUGAGCAAAUUUCUGUCAAAAAAUAGAAAAUAACUAGAGCUUAAUUAACCAAGUGUAUUAAAAAUGAAGCUACUCUGGUAUAUGUGUGUACACAGUGAAAGUCUUUCAUAAGUAACCAAGUGAAAAUGAAAGUGUAGGUGAGUGGGCUGUUUCACUAAGAGUUUUCUGACAGAUGGCUGCUAUGACAAUCCUGACGAGAUGAUAAAUGAUUAUACUUUAAGGCCUAAAAUCCACAAAUAAGUAAAAAAUUGUAACCAAGAAACAUUUGAACUGGUUUCAUGAACAUACAAAAUUAUUAACAAAUCAAGAAUCACAAAUAGAAAAAACACAGAAUAAGCAUUCCUUGAAUUUAAGGGAGGAUAGGUAAGAAUAAUAAUUAGAGCUGUCAGUGAUAAUAUUGCAAUGGUUCCAUCCCCUGAAAAUUCAACAGAACCUCAAUGGUAAAUGCCAAUAGAAGCAAUCUUUCCUUUUGUGCAAUAACAUAGGUACAGACUAAAUCCUGCAAAAUCAGAUGUUGAUGUAUUGUAUGGGAACCACUAGGUCAUGUUAUGAUUGAGCACCUGGUGAAAGGGCUUGGCCUGUCCUGGGAGCACAGGUGUGAGCAAUUCACUGUGUAACUGGAAGAAAUGAACCCAGGGUCCACCCCUCCCUAACCUCAUUUAAGGGCUGGCAACAAAAGGGGAAGUAUCUACACUUGGAGAUUGUCUCCUUUGGAGUUUUUUUUUAGCAGGCCCUGUUCCUCGGAGAGGGGUAAGAUAUUCCUUCUUUGCUGCCAGAUUGUAACUAAUGACUUUCUUGGAUGGCCUGAAAACUGGUCAAAGGCAAUUGUAGUUGUUGCUUACAAUAUGCAAAUUUUAAGGUAAGUUUGAAAUAUCUGUAAAACAAUAAUUGAUGCCCUCUUGAAAGAUGAAGUAAAUAAAACCAUAUUAAUGGAGUUUAAGAAAAAUUGCAUUGAACUUCACAGUGUGAUAAACAAGCUGUGGGCUAGUUGUGACAAAUCAUUAUUACAGGUAAUUAUUUUAUAAGUGGGGAAAGGGAAUAUUUUUCAAAAUAAUCCAGAUUCUAUAAUCUUAGUAUUCGUUCUAAAAAAAGCAAAUAGUAUUGUUGUUUAUUUUUAUUGUAACAAGUGAACUUGAAGAGUGUUUAUAUUAUGAAGUAAGUUAUGUUAAAAAUACAUUUGAAUUUGUCAAGAGAAAACAAUAUGAGUUUCUAUAGGCACAGUUUUACAAAAUGAGUAAGAAUACUGUCAUGUAAACUAUGGUGGGACCUCCUUUUUGCCACCAGAGUCUCCUCAGGUAUCAAUGCUAUGGAUAUUAAAAAUAUCUCAGCAAAACAGGAAAACUCAGUUUAUGGAAAGCAGUAACAUUCAUGACUGAUAAUGCAAAUGUGAGUUAUGUCACAGUACGCUCAGCAUACCAUCUGCUCCAGGAAAAAAAAACAUCUGUUGGCAAAUGUUAACUGUGGAGCUUAUGUGAUAUGUAAUAUGUUCAGCUGCUGUAUGGAAUAAAUAAAUUGGACAUUGACAAUAUAUUGUGUUAGAGACAUUCAACUAUUUUCUUAUGUUGAAAAGUGGAAAAGCUAGCUGAAAGUACUUUUGAAAUGAUGGAGGAAAUUACUGUGCUGUCUCUCAUCCAGAUGGCUUUUGCUAAAUCAGCUACAGACAGACUGCUGUAAUCAUCAUCUGCAGUUAUGGGUUGCUUUGAUAUACUAUGGGCAUGGAAGAAUGUGUGUCUCUACAGUGGGAGUUUCUCUGCUUGAGUUUUCAUCACGGUGAUGAUGCUGCAGUUUGUGAUAUUGUUGGAAUUGGUAACCUUUUCUGGUUUAUGCAAUGAAAAUCAUGAUUUUGACAUUUAUUUUCUUCUCUAUCAAUAAUAACAAGAUAGUUGUAUUUUUAAUAACGAUAAAUAGCAUCAACACAUGAAUAUAACUAUGCCUUAUAUAAAAACACAUGUGAUGUUUAUGGAAAAUGACAGCAGUUUAGGGAUAAAAUGGGCCAUGCCAGUCUAGAACAUUUAAAGCUUUUCAUCUUUUACUUUUACUCCAUUUAGAAUACUCAGAUUCAUUUCUUCAAUUGAUUUUGAGUGCUUAGAUGAAGUUUAUUCAUUUGCUACUGAAUGGCAGAUAAGACAGAGGUGAAAGUCACCAUUCUGUGCUUAUACCUUGUAGAAUAGAGUGGCACCCACAGCAUUUCAGGAGUGUCUGUGACACCCUUCUGUUUACUCCUUGUCAUCUUGUGGAAAGCGCAGAGAGAUGUAAUUGUUAAAUGAGCAGGAAUGCAUAUUUUAACAUCUAUUUUAAAAGGCAGAACACUCAUAAAAAAGACUGGAUUUUUGUUUCAGAUUAAAUUUUUUCACAUUGUGAGGAAAAACUUCAUAUCUAUCUAUAUAACUAUCAUGACUUUGCUGCUAAACAACUCAAACUAUAAUGCUUAUGCUAGUAAUGAUUUUCUGGUUCUGCUUAUUUAAACAUAUUAAUCUGUAAAUGUUGAUUCAGCUGGGCAAUAAAAUCCAUUCUGUGCUAUGCACAAUGCUGGUGUUACUCUGUUGAAUAGUACUAAAGAAUGAAAAUCUCGCUCAAGGAGAUCUGGGCUUCUGUAAUUAUUCUCCGCAAGAACACUUCUGAGACUUUCAAAGUCAAUCUCCCCAUUGCUUUCAUGCAGCUCUUAAGCUUUUUACUCCAGUGUCGUCCUUGCAUGUCACUGUUUCUUUUCUUCA